AUGGUAUCUGGAAAUGCUGUACCUGCCACGGCCUCAUCCGGCCAGCGUCCGGACAACACCGUGGAAAACCUAGCAAGCAAUGAUGACAAGCCGGAAACCCUCAACAGUGAGCUUGAUGCCCCAACAGACAGCCACGCUCUUGCCCACGCUGAAUUGGAAGAGGAAGGCUUGGUUCACAAGUCGCCAGAUGACGAAGCUACCUCUGAUAUUGGCUGGCAACCGCAGCCACAUGAUAUAAACGAACCUAUCGUCGGAGGCAUCUCGAAUGAAGACUUGUGGAUGCUGAUCCGCCGCCUCAACAAGCAAAUCUACCAUGUUAAGGCUACAUCGACCCUUCCUCUGGAUAAUUUGGAUCUGAAUCCUGUUGACGAUGAAGAGUUCUCGCCUGACAAGCUCAGAGCAAACAUUGAGCGACUGUAUAUGACUGUUAUUGUUGGCACUGUUGGGUUUUGGAAACAUGUCGUCAGGCUCAGGUCCUGGCGUGAGCAACAUCGCACCGCUGCUUUCUGUAUUACUUAUUUCGCCGCAUGGCUAUUUGACAUCGUUGUGCCCACCAUCCUUCUAGGUCUGAUUAUCUUGAUAAUCUACCCACCAAGUCGCAGUUUCCUCUUCCCUCCUGCUCCAAUUGCAUUGGUCAGCUCUGAGACAGGAGGAGUUCAGAAACCACGGGCUGGUGUCCUCGGAUCUAAAGACAGUGUCACUGGUGCACCGGAGCGUUAUCGCGGCGAAGCAGUAGAGCAAGAGGCCAGCAACUUGGUUGGCAGCGUUGCAAGCGUGGCGGUUGGGAGCGCAGCUGGAAAACACGACCAAGCCGUGCCCGAUGACGCUCCAAUGGAAGACACGGUUCCAGAUGCGACUGAUGCUCCCUCUCAGCUCGCCGACCUUCAGUCUUCAGCCAGCGGCGGAGUCCCGUCAACCAAACAUGACAAGACCAAGAAGCCAAUGGCGGACACUGUAUGGGCCAAGGUGAAGCCCUUGAUGCACAUCAUGGGCGAAGUUACUGAUACUUAUGAACGCUUUGGGAACGCCUUGUCUCCAACACCGCCUUUCCCAAGGGACACAGCUCGUCUUAGACUUGCAGCAGUCCUAGUCUCAAUGAUUCUGGUCUCUCUUCUCACUACAUCCUACUUGGCCGUCAAAGCUAGCGGUUUCAUGUUCGGUUUCAUAUUCUUUGGAGAUCCAGUUCUCGUCAGAGGCACCAAAUAUCUCAACCGCCGGUUCCCACAUUGGCAAAAGAUACUGGAACUUCGCAAUUCGCUUCUAAAGGGUGUACCAACCAACGCACAACUUACGAUUACUCUUCUGCGACUGGGCGAGGUUAACGGAUCACCAAUUCCACCACCUCCUUCAACAACUCUAGCAGAGACACCCUCCAAGCCUACAUCUAUCCAUGAAGAUAUUCCACUAGAUGCAUCUAAAGCUGAGAUUGAAAGUGCCGCAAAGCCCGAUCCCACCAUCAUAGAACAGAAUACCGAGCCUCAUCCUCAUGACGACGGCGGAAAGAACAAAGCUGCAAAGAAAAAGGGCUUUGUACCCGCCAUGUUCAGGUUUUUCAGAGGAACAACGGCAACCGGGGUCGAGACCAAGUUGGCUGCAAACUAUGCAAUGGCUAGACUAGGCCGUGGGCACGCAAAAACCCAAUUGGGAAUCCUUCCCAGAAAGGGAUUCACCCCUUCUCCCCGUGGGCCGGUAGAUUUUCAAUGUCGGUAUAAGGGUAAGAAGGGUACUGCGGUGAUUGACUGCAGCGGCGAGGAGCCUAUUUUAUUUUUCACGACUGAGGUGGGAAGCUCGACACCGAGUAUUGACAAGGCAAAGAAAGUCCUCUUUUCGAUACCUAUCAGAGACAUACAGCAUUUGAAGAAACUUGGUGGGAUGGGCUGGAAGGGCAAACUUGUGGUCGGAUGGGCCGAGACUGAGAAGGAGGUUAUUGAUGGACUGCGAAUCAUAGGCAAGGAUCCAAAGCAGAACUUCCAUAUCACCGCCAUGAAGAUGAGGGAUCAGUUGUUCAAUCGCUUGGUUGCCAUGGGCGAUCAAGUGUGGGAUAUUUGCUAG